AUGUCGGGUAACGACCAUGGCUCGAGCUCUCGCCCUCGUCUGACGGUCAGGCUGCGACCCAACUCGAACGCGGCGAGCAAUGGCUCCAACACUCCGACCUCCGCCGCAGCUUCCCGAGCGCAAAGCUCUCGCAGCACGCCUGCGCCGAACUGCGAUUACGACGACGACGAAGACGACGAUGGAGAGCAGGCAUUUGCCAUGGAUGACGGCUUUGUUUCCGAGGAUUCGGGUGACGACUACGGCAGCAGCAGCAAGGGAAAAGGCAAGGCCAAGGCGUCGAACAAAGGGAAAAGCAUUGAUGCUACACGAGCAGCACCCGCCAAUGCGAUCGCUCGACAGCAUCCUUUGUCAGGUGCUGCGCCUCGCUUCAAUGGUCCAGCCAUGGACGAAGACGACGAGCAGGCACGCUACGAAUCCGGAGAACUGCGCUUCCACACGCGCGACUUUACGAAGAUGCCACUAAAGCUGGACCAUUCAAGCAGACCCCUCUGGAUCUCGCCCGAUGAUGGUCAUAUCAUCCUAGAAGGCUUCAGCCCACUCGCCGAGCAGGCACAAGACUUUCUGAUCGCCAUCGCCGAGCCAGUCAGCCGACCAGCCUACAUUCACGAAUACAAGCUUACACCUUACUCGCUCUACGCCGCAGUCUCCGUCGGACUGCAACCCAACGAUAUCAUCGAGGUGCUCAAUCGCCUCUCCAAGGUGCCCGUGCCCGAUGCCGUGCUCGACUUCAUUCGCGAAUACACGGCAAGUUUCGGAAAGAUCAAACUCGUGCUCAAGCAGAACAAGUACUUUGUCGAGAGCGCACAUCCCGAAAUCCUCCAGACACUCCUCCAAGAUAGCAUCAUCGGCGCAGCGCGAGUGCGGGAAGAUCCAAAUGCCGCCAAGUCUGGACGAAUGGAGGUGCUCGGCAAGACGCAAGCACCCACUCGUGGUGAUCUUGUGAUUCCAGGUACCGAAAGCGCAGCAAGAAAGGCGCGACAGGCUGCUGCUGCUGCCGCUGGUCAGAAGCCCGGUGCCGUGAACGCAUCAGGCGCAGGCGCCUCUGGUCCUCCGCCCGAGAAUGCAGAGGCUGCACGCAGAGAGGACGAGGCAGAUCUCUUUUCGGCGAUCAUCGGCGUCGACGAGGCGGACGAGCUGGACGAGGACGACACGGUGCACAGCUUCGAAAUCACCGAAGAGUACAUCGAGCAGGUCAAGAAGCGCUGCAACGAGAUCGGCUACCCCAUGCUAGAAGAGUACGACUUCCGCAACGAUCAGCUGAAUGCCGACCUUGAGAUCGACCUCAAACCCAUCACACAUAUCAGACCCUACCAAGAGAAGAGUCUAGCCAAGAUGUUCGGUAAUGGUCGUGCCAGGAGCGGCAUCAUCGUGCUGCCGUGCGGUGCUGGAAAGACGCUCGUCGGCAUCACCGCUGCCUGCACCAUCAAGAAGAGCUGUCUGGUGCUAUGCACCAGCAGUGUCAGUGUCAUGCAAUGGCGACAGCAAUUCCUGCAGUGGAGCAACAUCCAGGACAACCAGAUCAGCGUGUUCACCGCCGAUCAGAAGGAGAAGUUCUCGGGCGCAUCCGGUAUCGUCGUAUCGACCUACUCGAUGGUGGCCAACACGGGCAAGCGUUCUCACACGUCGCAGAAGAUGAUGAACUUCCUCGAGAGUCGAGAGUGGGGAUUCAUCCUGCUGGAUGAGGUGCACGUGGUACCUGCGAGCAUGUUCCGACGAGUCUUGACCAAGAUCAAAGCGCACUCGAAGCUCGGUUUGACCGCGACGCUGGUGCGUGAGGACGAAAAGAUCGACGAGCUCAACUUCCUCGUGGGACCCAAGCUCUACGAGGCCAAUUGGAUGGAUCUGGCUGCCAAGGGUCACAUCGCCACGGUGCAGUGUGCCGAGGUGUGGUGUCCCAUGACGCCGGAGUUCUACCGCGAAUAUCUGCGCGAGAAGAGCCGCAAGAAGAUGCUUCUCUACUGCAUGAACCCAAACAAGUUCCAGGCGUGCCAGUUCCUCAUCGACUAUCACGAGAAUCGAGGAGACAAGAUCAUUGUGUUUUCGGACAAUGUCUUUGCUCUGGUGGCGUAUGCUCACAAACUCAAGAAACCUUUUAUUCACGGCGGCACGGCGCAUCUGGAGCGGAUGCGUAUCUUGCAGAACUUCCAACACAAUCCGUUGGUCAACACCAUCUUCCUGUCGAAGGUGGGCGAUACGUCGAUCGAUCUGCCCGAGGCGACGUGUUUGAUCCAGAUCUCGUCGCACUUUGGCUCGCGAAGGCAGGAAGCGCAGAGGCUGGGACGCAUCUUGCGAGCCAAGAGGAGGAACGACGAGGGGUUCAAUGCGUUCUUCUACAGUCUCGUCAGCAAGGACACUGCCGAGAUGUUCUACUCGACCAAACGACAGCAGUUUUUGAUCGAUCAGGGGUACGCUUUCAGGGUGAUAACGCAUCUGGUGGGGAUGCAGGAUAUGCCCGGGUUGGUGUACAAGAGUCAGGCGGAGCAGAUCGAGUUGUUGCAGAGCGUGUUGAUUGCGAACGAGUCGGAUGCGGAUUUGGGAUCGGAUCUGCCUGGAGGGGGUGGUGGUGGCGGCGGAUUCGGAGGCGGUGGAGGAGGUGGAAGAGGUGGAGGUGGUGGCGGAGGUGGCGGAGGUGGAGGAGGAGGAGGACCGUCGAUGGGUGGUGGAUCGGCUGGAAAGGCAGCGAGGACGACGGGCUCGUUGAACGCGCUGAGUGGUGCACAGCACAUGUCGUACAUCGAGCGGAAUAGGUCGGUGAACAAAUCGUUGAACAGGGAGCAGGGGGGUAGACACAAGAUGUUCCAGAAACGCGCGGAUAAGGCCAAGCGCAAGAACAUGGAUGAUGAUUAG